UCUCUCUCACGAACCCUAACUCCAAAUCGAAGCUUAACUCCAAAUCGAAGCUUCUCUUUCUUUCUCCGGCCUCUACUCUCACGAAUUGAAGCUUGUUUUUCUCUCACCCACAACUGAAAACGCAGGUACUGAUUCGAAGCUCUCUCUCGUCCCUAAUUGCAGAAUGAAGCUCUCUCUCGUUCCUCUCCCUCCGAUUGAAAACCAAGAGUAUUUGAAAAUGGGUCUGUCAUUCACGAAGCUGUUUAGCCGGCUUUUCGCGAAGAAGGAGAUGGGUAUACUUAUGGUCGGUCUCGAUGCCGCUGGUAAGACCACCAUUCUGUAUGAGCUUAAGCUUGGAGAAAUCGUCACCAUUCCCACCAUUGGGUUUAAUGUGGAAACUGUGGCGUAUAAGAACAUGCUUGACAUUGUCACCGCUAGUAUUACAAAGAAUUGGAUGGAGGUGUUCGAUGAUCCCACGUCAUUAACCGAGGAGGAGCUGUAUGAACUGCGAAACAGCUGGGCUACUUGUUUUCUUGACCUGUACAAUCCCGAGGUAGAUUAUGAUGUUGCCGACGAUGAGGCUUAGGAGCUAGCUAGGUUAAUUUGUGUGAUGUUACAAUGGAUUCACAUUAAUUAGGAUGUUUUGAAUUGUAAUGACUUGUAUUUUGCUUGAAUGUUAUAACAUUUUGGAUUGUUGGUAUUUUGCUUAAAUUGUAAGACUUGGUAUUUUAUUUGAAUUGUAAUGACUUGGUUGAAUGUAAUUGUAUUUUGGUUGAA